UUGAUGUGGACACACUGCCUUCGUGAAACGUGAAAAAAGUUCUAAACUGUAUUUAUGUGUGGCGACAUUGUCGCAUAUUUAAUAAAAAGCUGGAGAACGGCGAACGAAAAACCACGUUCACAGCUAGUUUAAGCUUGAUCGAUCAGGAAUUUGUUUAUAAUGUUGGAAUCGAUAUUGAAUUGUUUUUAAAAAAGCGCCUGAGCAGUGGAGUGCUGCUCUUUCCACCUGUGAACAAUUAUCGCCGUUAUCUCAUACAUCAAACAUGUGAGAACUAUCGGCAGCAAUACGAUCUUUUGACGUUUUCCGUGGGUCAAGGCCCGCAUCGACGCACAGUCGUCUGUUUUCGAAAUCAGCUUAUUGAUCCGCACGGAUUCGAGGCCCGUAAACAGGAACAGCAACAACAGCAGCAACAGCAACAGCCAGUAAAGAGCUGGCGAAGCAACGGUAGAAGUAGCAGCGCCAGCAGAAAACGCGUAACGGAACUGUGUAAAAUGGGCGUUAAGAAGCAUAUCAGCGAAACACCUUUAAGUAAAUCGAACUCUGUGGAUCUCUACAGGCCACCCGCGCUCAGACACAACAGCAGCGAGGACGCAUCAGCACCAGCUGCAACGAACGAAACCCUUGCAGAGUCUGCAGCAGCAACAACAACAACAACAACAUCAAUUAUAUCGACAACUACCUCAGCCGCUCGCAAGGCAUCGCCAUCAAGAGAGCAACAAGCUAGCGCUGCUGCAGCAGCAACGCGCCGUGAACGACGUCCCGAUCGUGCCGUUUAUGUGCCAAGGGCACGACGCAGUCAGACAACGCCGCCAACAACAACAACAACAACAACAACAAUGCCAGCACCGAUGCCGAUGCCGACGCCGACGCCCAGCGGAGCAGUAGUGGCAGCGCCAACAUCGGCUACGUGCAAUCCACAACAGCUGCCUCAGCCAUUGGAUAUGCCAGUUGUAAAUACAAACUCGUCAAAGCCAGACGACGGCAACGGUAAUCAGGCAAAACCCAAGAAGUCGAGAUCGCGCAGAGAGCGAGCCAAGAAAACAGUUGGCAAAACAAUUGAGCCAGAUACGCUGCUUGUGAUUGCGCCUAGCGAAAACCAAGCCAACAACCAGGUUACAACGUCAGCACCACCGCCGGAUAGCAACUGUGAUAAGGAGACAAUGGGCGGCGCCCAGCGGACAAAGACGGGCAAAAGCCACAGCAAUGGCAAACAGCAACAGCAUUCGCUGCGCAUCGAGGAUGCGGCGCUGCCGAGAGCCCACAAUGCGCCAACGACUGAGGAUGCCAACAAAUGUGAUAACGAUGUGCGCGAGCUGCAGCGAGCCUCUAAGGAAAUCAAUCGUAGCAACCGUCGCAUUAUGAAGCAGACCUUUGUGUCGGACGUGCUAGAGAUACCCGAAAUGAUUGAAGGAUCGCCCAAGAACAGCAUCGCUGCUGCCGCAACAGCUACGGCUGCCACAACGGCAACCCAGGCAUCCAUUACACUACCUGCCGACAGCACCACCGAGGAUGAUGAUGAGGAAAACGAAGAUGAUUGGGAGAAUAUGUUUGAUGAGAACGGCGACUGUCUGAAUCCAAAAAUUCUGCAAGAGCUCACCGAAUCGGUGGGCAAGUGCAAAAUCGAACUGCCCAAAAUGGACUAUAGCGUCUACCAUAUAAAACAAUCACUUUUGAAUGAGGAGGAGUUUCCGCAUGUGCUGGAAAUCUCGAAUUUUCCUGUUGAAUUCAAGACUCCGGAUUUGCUAAUGCUUUUCUCACAGUACAAAAGCGCCGGCUUCGACAUCAAGUGGGUGGAUGAUACACAUGCUCUGGCCGUCUUUAGCAGCUCUCGCAUUGCUGCUGAGGUACUGACCAUGGGCCAUCCAUUUGUCAAAUUGAAACCCCUAGCCGAGGCCACCCUGGAAUCACGUCUUAAGGCAAAAAAGGCGGGUGCCACCUCGUUGCAGCCAUAUCGCCAACGACCAGAGACUUGUACGGCGCUGGCGCGUCGAUUGGUAUCCGGCGCUUUGGGUGUUAAGCUGCCCACAGCACCGGAGGAGCGGGAGAACGAAAGGCGUGUGCUACGCGAAGCCAAAGAACGGAAACUUUUAGCUGCCAAACAGCGCGACGAAGUCUGGGAGAGCUAGGCCAAGGCGGCAGUUGCACGCAUGCAUUUUUGGUGGCAUGCUCAACUCAUGCCCCAAAUCCAACACUCUCCCCCUUUCUCCUAUACUCUCUCUCAUCACUGUCUCAAUCAAAGCUAGUAUAUAACUAAAUGAUAAUUUGCAUAAACUGUGUACUUUAAA